UCGGACUGUGGUAACUUGCGGACGUGAAACUGCGUCGCUCCGGGCUUUCGGAAUCGUUUGUGAAUUGUAGCGAAUUUUCCACAAUUUUUGUUGAGUGUUUGUGAAAAAUUGAUGGAGUAUUAUUGCAAGGAAGCGGAUUUGAUUGAAAUCAUCAACUAAAGGAAAAAUACUAAAGAGGAAAAUCUGUUUUCCUCUCCCGCAAUUAGAAAACAGAGACGCAUAAGGAUUACGUCACGGACGGGUUGGUCCAGCGGGAAAAUCUGAGGAGAGUGGAGCUCGGGGGAGAGUGUUGUUUUCAAUGUGGUGAAAAUUUGUCCCGGAAGCGAGGAAGCUCAGGGAAAUUUACGAGUGAAAACGGAAGAUUGCGUGUCGUACGACAGGGAGUGUGUCUGUGUGUCUGUUACGCGCGCGUGCCGCGCAAAUGUUUAGAGUCGUAAAAGUUCAAGAAUCGAAACGCUAUUAUAAAUAAAAAUAAAAUAAAAAAGGCAGAGGCAGAAUCUCCGUUUCGUGGUGGUGUGUCGUCUGGGAGUAAUUUAUAGUGCAUGACGUUCUAACCAUAGAGGUUAACGAAGCAUCGAUCAUUUGGGUGGAAGAUCAUGAAGAUCGAAGCCGGAUCGAGCGAGUGCGAUAAUUGAUGAUUUGACAGUUCACGGCUUGGAGGCAUAGUCCGGUCGUCCGUCCGGUCCAAAAGGAGAAUCGAUCCCCACGUGAGGACACGCGCCCAAGGGGGGGACACCAUUAUUAUUUAUCGUCCUUCUGGAAGAACCCUGCUCCAAGGGCAUCCCGGGAGUACGUGAAGAAGCACGAGGAGGGCAGAAAAAAGUCUGCCAAAAACAAAAGGCGCGACAGCCUCCGAAGACGACGACGGCAGGUCGAAGAUCGAAUCUCCUGCUCCUGCCCGGUCGACGUCGUGGUCCGUGGAAACAAAAAGGCCCCGGGAGGUGAAGGAGAACGCAAGCAAACCAUACAAUUCUUCUACCUUCGGAACCUGAAAACACCCCGAAGGUAGUGAAGAGUGAGGAGGAGUAGCGAACGAAGAGAGGAAGAUCCAGACAUGGCGCCGAGAUCCAGAAGAAAGAAGGCAAAUGCCCGCACUCUGCAGUGCUACUGCGAGGGACACUGCCCGGGAAAUUUGCAAAAUGGAACGUGCGAGACGCGACCCGGUGGGUCCUGCUUCGCCGCCGUCGAGGAAGUUCUGGACGAGGAAACCGGCCUGAAGGUGCCCGAGUGGAGCCACGGCUGUAUGCCGCCGGAACAGAACGGUGGACUGCUUCAGUGCAAAGUUGGCGUUCAAUCCCCGCAAAUUCACGGCAAGUCGAUCGUGUGCUGUGAGAACGAAGAUUUCUGCAACAAGGACCUGCUGCCGGAGUACGUGCCCAAGACGACGACGCCGCCGCCGACGGUGAACGUGACGGAACCGAGCAUGCACACGCUGGCGUUGAUGGCCUCGGUGAUAGUGUGUUCGGUGGCGUUUGUGGUGGUGGCGAUCGCGAUCUUUGUGACGUACAAGAAGCGCGAGAAGAGGAAGCCGCAGUGUUUGAUCGAUUCGGUGUGCAAUCCUAACCUGUCUCCAUUGGCGGAUUUGGUUGAGCAGAGCAGUGGGUCGGGAUCGGGACUGCCGUUGCUGGUUCAGAGGACGAUCGCGAAGCAGAUCCAGAUGGUGCACCAGGUUGGAAAGGGACGGUACGGUGAGGUUUGGCUGGCCAAGUGGAGGGAUGAGAAGGUUGCGGUGAAGACGUUCUUGACUACUGAGGAGGCUUCCUGGUUCCGUGAGACGGAGAUCUACCAGACGGUACUGAUGAGGCAUGAGAAUAUUCUUGGGUUUAUCGCGGCGGACAUUAAGGGAACAGGCACGUGGACACAGAUGUUGCUGAUCACUGACUACCACGAGUUGGGAAGCUUGUACGACUAUCUGCAGAAGCGGGUACUGAACCCGCACAUGCUGAAGACCCUGGCACUGUCACUGUCUUCUGGAUUGGCCCACUUGCACACAGAGAUCUUCGGAACGCCCGGAAAACCCGCGAUCUCCCAUCGUGACAUCAAAAGCAAGAACAUCCUGGUCAAACGGAACGGUCAGUGCGCGAUCGCCGACUUUGGCCUUGCCGUCAAGUACUCCAGCGAGUCGGACGAGAUCCAGAUCGCGCCAAACACCCGCGUCGGAACGCGUCGCUACAUGGCCCCAGAAGCACUCAACGAAACGCUGGACACGAAGAUCUUCGAGGGAUUCAAACAAGCCGACAUGUACUCCCUCGGUCUCGUCUUCUGGGAAAUGGCCCGUCGCUGCAUCAGUACAAUCCGAGGAACCAAGAACACGACCUGCGAGGACUACGCCCUGCCCUACCAGGACGUCGUUCCGUCCGAUCCCAGCUUCGAGGACAUGUACGCCGUCGUGUGCGUAAAGGGCGUCCGACCGCCCAUCCCACAGCGAUGGCAGGACGAGGAAAUUCUCGUAGUAUUAUCCAAGAUGAUGCAAGAGUGCUGGCACCCGAAUCCGGCCGUCCGACUGACGGCACUCCGGGUAAAGAAGACGCUCGUCAAGCUCGAGACCGAUUCCUCGAUUAAGAUAGUGUAAGCGCGUAAGUUUGACGUCUUAUUUAUUCUCUACUGUCCCCCACCCCUUCCCCCUUCUUUAAGCUUAAGUUCAAGCACUAGUUGAUAGCGAGCCCCGAUUUCCCCACGACGUUUAUCUCUGUCGCGAAAGCAGCGCGACAGAAAUCACUGAGAUGCCAUAAUAUGGACUUAAAUUGUGACCCCCCCUAAAACUGGUUAGGUAGUGAAAAUCUGUAAAGCGAAACCCCCUUUCCCCUUCCUCAAAAUUUCUGUAAAUAGCAAUCUCUCCCCCACUCUCCUAGCUCUUUUACCCUAUCCUAUCUAGUUGUUACUAGCUUUAAAUCGAUUGUGAAGCGAAAAAUGCCAUAUAGUUGUAAACGAGGUAAGGAUUUCACCAAAAUGCAAACGUGCUUCUUUUCCGUCAACAAAUUCUACACAUUGGCCUUACUGUUUUUUCACUGUGCAAGUGACCUUACGCGAGCGCCUUUUCACCGGAAAAAAAAGUAAAUUAUAAACUCUUUUUUACAACAUUAGAAAAAAAGAGCAGCAAUAGCAGACACUAAUCCCUUAUUUUACAAGGGAGAUAAUUAUUACAAAUAGGAAGACUCACUUUCGGUCAAGGUUUCCCCCCGGUUAGGAAACGUCUCCUUGAAAGUGAGAGUUCAGCAAACAUCCCCCGUUUUAAGAAAACCCACCCUACUCCCCUGUGCAGCUUGUGUGGUUAAGCAAGAUUUCUUCUUUUACAACAAUUAAAAAAAACAAAAAUGUGUAAAUGUCCCCCCUCCCCAGCUUAGGAUUAGUGUGGAACGUGUUUUUAUCUAGUUUAUUUUAUUAUGUUGUAAAUAAAAUGACGAUUUCGUGGCCUGAAAUGAGAGAGUAAAAAACAAACAAACAAAUGUGUUAUAUAGAGAGAAAAUGUGAAAAAUAAAAAAUAAAACAGGAUAAGUGCACGCACGCAUCUUUUGAUCGUGUAGAGAACAACAAAAAUGUAAAAGAAUAUUUUUGAUGAUAGAGUUUUAGAUUAAGUGAGCGCAAAAAAAAAAAUUUGCGUUUGCCGCGUAUGGAUAUAAAACAAAAAAAAUAUGAGAUGCAGUGAGAUAUGAUGU